CAUCUUUCACAACAGUAUUUGGUCAUUUUUUUCCACAUCAGCGAAUUCCAUGGCUUCACUGUUGAAAGAUAAAGUUGUUUUAAUCACAGGUGCUGGAGAUGUUAAUGGUAUUGGUGCAGCAACUGCCGUGCAUAUGGCCCUUUUCGGACCAAAGUUCGUGCUUUCUGGCAGGAAACAAGAAACCCUGGAUGAAGUGGGAGACUUAAUGGAAAAAGUUGGCGUGACAAGAGAAAAUCUUCUUUUAGUGGUUGCUGAUGUAACAAUUGAUACGGACCAAGAAAGACUUGUAAAGAGUGCCAUAGACAAGUUUGGACAACUGGAUGUUCUAAUUAACAAUGCAGCAAUCACGGCAUACCAUACAACAUUGGAUACGACUAUGGAAGAGUUCGACAAUGUUAUGAGAACAAAUCUCAGAGCUCCAUUUUACCUAUCAAAACUUUGCUUACCAUACCUUAUUAAAACUAAAGGUACGUACACGACUAUGGAAGAGUUCGAUAAUGUUAUGAGAACAAAUCUCAGAGCUCCAUUUUACCUAUCAAAACUUUGCUUACCAUACCUUAUUAAAACUAAAGGAAAUAUUGUCAAUGUUUCGAGUAUUUCCGGUCAAAGAACGUUCACAGCCGAGGCACCAUAUGGUAUUAGUAAAGCUGGUUUGGACCAUUUUACAAAAAUACUUGCCAUGGAGGUCGCGGAGCAUGGUGUUCGGGUAAAUUCUGUCAAUCCUGGUGUUAUUCGCACAAAGAUCCAACAGAAAGGAGGCAUGUCACCGCAACAAUACGCAGAGUACAUCGAGCGUCAGAAGUUAAAACACCCAUUAGGAAACAUCGGGGAGCCCAUUGAUGUUGCCAAGGCAAUAACUUUCCUAGCUUCUGAUGAUUCUUCCUUCAUCACUGGAGAGCUUAUAUUUGUAGAUGGUGGGCGCCACAAUCGUCCUGUUUAAAUACGUCUUACAGACGAGGACAUCCUAUCAUGACAUAAACUCUGAAUUACGUUUGGAUAAUUUCAAGUUUUGUUUGUAUAUAUUUCCAAGACGAAGAAACAAAAAUAAACUUAAACCUUUUACUCCACUAAUGUUUAGGUCUCGUGAAAUGAUUGGUUACUUAUCAAUUCAUAUAGAAACUUUAAAAUAUUGAUCAUUAAUGUCAUUAUUCCAACAGAAAGUAUGAGGUAUAACAUAUAAAAUCAAUAUAUAGUACUUUAACAAGUCCUAUACAAAUUCAUUUGGAGCAGUGUUUUCAGUUAGAAAAUGAUUCUAGUCGCAUGGUUUCAAAACAAAACGUUUAUUAAAGUAACUCCACUGAGGUUAAUAAGCGUAUAAACAUAAAAUUUUAUUUUUUAUACAUAGAUAAAAUUUAGCACUUAAAACAGAAAUACAAAUAAAAUAUAACCAAGAAGUUUACAAGACAUACAUUGGAAAUCAUAUGUUUGUGCUAUGCACAGCCCGAUUUGAGUGAAAAGCGUUUAAAAGCUUUUCAAUUUUGGGCCAUUUUUCACUAAUAUAAUAAUUAUUCUGGAAAAACGGAGCAAGCUUAUAAUCUGAUAUUUUGCACAUAAGUUAUUAGUAUAGAUCUACAUCAAAUGGAGUAAUAAUCUCAAAAAAUUAUUUCCAGUCCUGUCAUGUCAAAAAAACCUCAGUGGAGUCCCUUUAAAGUGACGUGUUCAAUUGUUUGUCCGGACGUGAAGUUAUUAAGGCCUUCUGGUUUCCAUAAUUCUACUGGAACUUCUUCUGUAGUGUCGAAUAAGUUGUGGCUACAUCUGUGCAUAAAAUGAUAUAUGACAGGACAAACGUUUCUUCCUCUAUUGUAAAGGAUUGAGGACAUAAUUAUUUUCUAAAAUUUUAUGUCGAAGUACGUACUUUAAAACGAUAAAAAACACAAUUUUAGCAAAUAUUUUAACAACUUCAAAAAGCUGUAAAACUCUUAAAAAAUCAUCUGAACAGUACUUCAUAUGAUUGGAAAUCAGUUGAACAAUACUUCAUAUGAUUGGAAAUAAAUAAAAAGUUGCUUUAAUUUAUAUAAUCGAAUAUAAAUUUUGAAUAUGAUUGUUGCUUGCAGAAUGCUUGAUGCUGUUUGGGAAUUUGUCAAAAAAAGCUAUAAAUUUUACAGUUUCCAAUGUUUU